AUGAAAAGACUUACAAUAGGAUUAUUAAAGUGUGACAAGUUCAUACCAGAGAUAAAGAACAAGUUUGGAGACAUUGAUGUACAGUUUGUAAACUUGUUAAAGUUGAACAAAUUGGGUGUCAGUGUUGACUUGUCAGUGUUUGAGGUCACCGAGUCAAAGUUCCCAAAGUGGGACGACGUCAUGUCCAAUCGAUACAAUGGCUUCAUCAUCUCUGGCAGUAGAUCAUCGGUGAACGACGACAAUGAAUGGAUCCCAGUGCUAAAGGAUCAUAUCAAGUUGUUUGAAGCCAACAACAUCAAGACGGUCGGUGUUUGCUUUGGUCACCAGGCUGUGGCAUCGGCACUCGGUGGCACCGUAGAUACCAAUCCCAAAGGAUGGCAAGUGUCUGAUCAUGACUAUGUAAUCAAUCCAUCAGUGUUGCGUAGUUAUGGACUUGGACUGUCACAACAACAACAGGACCAAGACAACAACAACCAAAUGAUCUCUGAUAUUAUAUGUCUCAACAAACAGAUCGUCACCAAGAAACCACAAGAACUAUUGUGUUAUGGUGGCAAUGAGAUGUGUAACAAUCAUGGUAUGAUCAACCGUACAUUCCUAACGUUACAAGGUCACCCAGAGUACACACCGGCACUGAUCAAAGAGGUUCUACUCACUAGAAAGGGUGUGAUACCAGACGAUGUCAUUGCAGAUGGUAUCAAACGUGCAGAACAAUCAAAGGUUAAUCAAGAGUGGUUUUCAAAUCUAAUAGUAUCUUGGUUCUUACAGCAGCAAAAGCAAUGA